AUAUAAACCAAACAUUAAAAUCUAAGUGUUAAAAUGGCGUGAAAUUUAACGUAAUUUAAAUCGACACUUUUUAAAUUCAAAAAUGUGUUUGUUUUUUUAAAUACUUUAGAGGGAUAUUAAUCAUUAAAUAUGCCAUUUAUACCGAAGAGUAGUGGCAGACCAGCCGGGACCCCUUCGCCAACACCCGGGGACUUCCUGAACACGCUUUUGAUAGUUAAAGACACAGUUAAUGCCACUUUGUUAACUGAGCACACAAGACUGUCUGAUUUAUCAAAUACAUUAACCGAUGUGGAAGAUCAAAUACGGUCAGCCAUUGACACGACCAUAAGAAAUCUUAAAACAGAGUAUGAAAAAAGAAGACGUAAAACAAUUCCCGGUAUAAAAAGAUUACAAGAUUCAUUAAAAAGCCUGUCAAAGUCGGAAUCAAAAUGCAAAGCUUCAGAGAGGUAUUGUAAAAAUGCAGACUCUAAAAAAGCAAAACGUCGUAUAAAAGAUGCAAAUAAAACUUUACAAGAGUGCACGUCAUCUGAUACCGAUUUCGGGAUUUCCACAUUUGUUGCAGAUCAAAUUACACUCCUUUGUCAACAAUUGAUGCAGAUACCGCCAAAGAUAAGCCGACAAGAGGCAAGAGAUGAUCCAAACGACUUUGAUCCCUUGGAGAAAUCUGAUUCAGAUUCACAGGGAAGCAGUCGUGUUAACACACCUACGAGUCAUAUCUAUACCGAAAUAGAUGUAUUUCAAGCGAGAAACUCAGCAUACAUUACUCCAAGAAGAAAUACAUGCGAACUACCAACGGAGAAAAUCGCAACCGAGAAGGUAAAUAGUCAUGAUAUAGAUACUUCAAGCACAAGACUUAACAGUGUUCUGUUAUUUUCAAGUGAUAGUGAAGAGGAUUAUGGAUUUAGUGAUACAAAACUUAAAGUGAGUACAAAAAGACCAAAAUCUGCCGGGAAUGAAAAUAGAAAAUCAAGAUCUCAUAAAAAGUACGGAAAACAAAAGUCCGGUAGUCCUGACUACGAAGUACUUAAUAAGCCAACAAGUUCAGAUGUGUUCAGAAGAUGCGGUUACAUUGACAAAAAUCCAUCAAAAAGUCGUUUGAGUCCGCACCGUAGGUCAAUUUCGCCAGUGAUUUACGAUGAUUAUGAAAAACCAGUAAAAAAAGAGAUUGAAAGUUUAGGCGCUCCUAUUAAAGAGUACAUUAAAAGAAUGUCACCAUCAAUUGAGCUUGGACUUAUAGAUAACAAUAAUAUGGACAAUAAUCUAGUUCAAAUGCAAAUCCAUAAUGACGGAAAUGUUUGCCACUUAAAUGCAAAGCAUGCACAAGAAACGUCAAUGUCUUCGCGGACAGUACCGAAACGUUAUCUUCCAGCUACACCGAAAGUAAAGAAUGAAGACAAAAGUUAUAGAAAUUCGCCAGAGCAAUUUAAUACCAAUCCACAAACAAAGGAGCAUGGUAUCGACAAAGUUGAUGGAGUAAUCGAUUGUGAUACUACUGACUCGUUUUCUAUUUCCUCGGCCUGCAAUACAAUUGAACUUCUGAAUACAGCACAGGAUAUGCUUUCCAAUGCACGCUUGUCGGAGACGGCAGAUCUUACACAAGACGGAAAUCGAGUCUUAAACAGUGAAAUCAUAUCGCUUGCGAGAAGACCAAUGGCGUAUGAAGACGAUUAUAUUGACGUAGAUGAAAUCAAAUUUAGAGAAACCAUAAGAUCUGCACGGCGAGAAAUAAUGAACACGCUUAAAAGUAAAUAUAGGAACGAUAAGGAGCUUGUGUCUAAUGAAAAAGAUUUAACUGAAACAAAAAGUAAACAUAAUGCUUCUACUGACGAUUAUUCUCGAAACCGAUUUCCAUGCAAAACAGAUCAGAACUCACCAUCUUCGGUUAGAAAUUCUGGGGUCAGCCCUAAAUUUAAAGGUAAAGACAAACGUGGUGGUCACAUUCCUGCACAAAAUUGUGAAAAUUCUGGGGUUUAUAAAAGUAAAUUAGUAUAUACUUAUGAAACGGAGAAAAGAAAACUGAAUAAUUUCUUAAGGACUGAUUUUGAAACAGCCGACAAAUCUUCAAUUGUCACUUCUGCAAUCGAAAAAUUUGAGAAAGCUUCAAAGAGUGAUUUGAACUGUACUUCGGAAAGACGACACAGACCAGUGGUAAAAUAUGGUUUUGGGGGAAAGUAUAGAUCAGCUAGUGAACCACGCGCAGUUGUUUCCCAAUUGAAUCACAGAUCGACAUCCGAAAUGCCGAUUUACGCAAAGUCAAGUAAAGCAUUGCAACCACGUAAUUGUUAUCAAAGUCAUAGCUCAGAUAAAGAUGAAAAAAGCGAAUCGAACAACGUUGGAGAAUCUUUAAUCUUGGCAAAAUCAUGCACAGAAAACGACCUUUUAAAUCUAGUGACAAGUGAAACUUCAAGUUCGAUACGCAGACAGUGGAGCAAACGAAGAUCGUCAUCGUUGACAUCUCGUGUUGAUGACGUUAAUAAAUCUAGUACACCGGUUUAUCAGUAUUGGGGCUCUUUUUCUAUCCCAGAAAAAGCUCGCUGUUUCAUUUCUGCUAUUGUUGUUCUCGACGACCGGAGUGUUAUUCUGUUGGACCAAUUGCACGGUUGUAUUCACUAUUUUGACAGACUAUUUCGGCACAAAGAUCAUUAUAAGUUGUUAGAAAAGCCAAAGAGUUGUAUUAAAAUCGACUCUUUCACUGUUGCAGUAGCUUUUCCCUACAAAAAAUGUGUAUCUAUGUUUAGUGUUAAAAUGGAUGCAAUCUUGACAGAAAAGGAUAUCAGCGUACCGUGCCUUGAAUGGAUUGUUGACAUAGCAUUUUCAAAACCUAUGAUGUUUGUCUUAUGUAAAGCUGGGGAAAUACAUAUAAUUUCAGAAGACGGAUCGGAAUUGAAAUGCUUAAGAGUGGACUUGAAUGGGAGAUUAUUUAUUCCACCAUCUGGAAAACGUUUUUUCAUACUAGGCGAAGGUCGAGUCUCGAAGUUUGACGCAAACGGCAUGUUUAUUUCAAGUAAGGCUGACAUAGACGCACAUUCAAUGAUAUUUUUAGAAAACAUGAUAUAUGUUGCUGACAGACAAAAACAUAAAUUGCUUCCAUUAUCGGGUCCUGUUGACAAGCAUAAUUUGAUAGACAUAAGGAUAAAGUUUCCAACAGCCAUUGGCAGUUCGAUCAAUGGAGAUACUGUACUUGUAAGUCAGUUUGAAGAUUCAAUGGAUCAAUCAUUGACACGCUCUGUUACCGUUUUCAAAUUACACAAAAAUUAAAGACAUUUAUUAGACUUUUCAACAAAAGCAGACACUACUUGAACACGAUAUAACAUAUACGGAUGUACAAGACAAAAUCAAUGAUAUAUGCAAAGAUAAUGUUUGAUUUAAUUCAUAAAAAUUAUACGUUCUUUUUCUGUUACAUUGAGAGACUGUUUUCUCGAAAUAAUACGCAGUCUGUCUACGAAUCAUUACUGUGAUUGUAUUUUAUUGACAUGCCUAACACAUUGCUGAGAAUAUCUCUGAAUUAAACAAGUGGUUUAAUCCUCUUCGUA